AUGGAUACACAACGUUCUGGUAAAUCAGUUUCAUCAUUUGAUUUGGAACCAAAUCCAUUCGAACAAAGUUUCAGCACAACGUCUGUCCCAUCAGGACAAGCAUAUGUGAAGAAAGAGGAAAUACCUGAUAGUGCUACAUUUGCAUUAAAUAAUGUGCCGCCACAGAAUCAAUCCAUGGAGAGGACUAGCAAUCUAAGCAUAUCUGAUAUGACAGUUGCAACAUCAGCUAACCAGAAUAGUUCAUCAAAUAGUGCGACAACUCAAGAAGAAAAGAAGGGAUCACCUAUGCUGUUUAGUUCACAACGCCCACCAACAAUAACAAGUCCAGGUAUGCUCACGCCAGGUGGAUCCAAACGCCUUCCACCUUUACUUUUAUCACCAAACCAAAUGCAACAGGCAAAUUCAAAUCCAUCAGCUUUAUUAGCCCCACCUUCAGCGGGAUCAUUAUUGGCAACAACUAUGUCUCCCUUAAUAAGUCAAAACAAUAGAGGAUCUACCACAUCCACAGGAAAUGAAGCUCCUAACGACGUAACUAAUAGCAACACCACUAGUAGUAUAAAGCAUUCCAUGGAGGGUCAAUUAACUAGUUUUAUGUUUAAUUUACCAAAGACUGGCUUAACCCCCAAUGAAUCGAGCAUAAGGACAGGGUUGACGCCAGGAAUAAUGGGGCAAAAUUUUUCAUAUCCCAUAUUACCAUCAAUCUCACAGACUGGAUUAUCAUCAUCGGAAGGUACAACGGCCGCGUCAAAUCCCAAUAUUGCAUCUAAUGCAACUAAUGGAGGGGUAUUAACCCAAAAUACUAUCAAUGGCCCGUUUACACCGGGAAUCACUUCCAUCCUAGGGUUGAACCCUAAUGCUUCGCCUACAAGCACAACCAAUGCAAUUAAUAAUACAUCAAAUAAUGCUAUUACUUCUCAAGGACUCACACAGCACACAACCAAGACGACGACAACAGCGGCAACUGCAAACAAGAAAAGGAAAAGAAGUUACACAACUACAAAUACAAACAGUAGGAAAUCCUCGAUUAAAGAUUAUCCCACUUUCAACGAAAAAAGUGAAGACAUAAAUGAUAAUGAUAACACAAAUUAUGAUAAUGAAGAUGAGCAAGAUCGUAAGAGGAAAGAGUUCCUUGAAAGAAACCGUGUAGCAGCAUCUAAAUUCAGAAAACGUAAGAAGGAAUACAUUAAGAAAAUUGAGAAUGAUUUAAAUUUUUAUGAAGUAGAAUAUGCAGAUUAUACAAAGAUGAUGCAAAGAUUUGUUGGUGUUAUUCCUUCACAAGAUAAUAACAAUGCUUCAACGUAUAUGGAUCCCAAUUCAUUAAUUGGGGCACUGGAAAAAUCUGUUUCUACUAAUGAUGUACAGUCUUCAAUGGCCUUAAUUGCACAAAUGAAGAGAAUGCUAACUCAAACUAAAUUUUAUCAAAGAAAGGGAACUAAUCCGAAGGCACAUAAUGGAGAUGGGAUUGAUAAUGCUAACGGUACCAGUAAAAAUUCAAUAAGUUCUUUGGACGAGCAAUCAAGACGUACAUCUUUGAUACCAAAUUAUACAAAUCCUAAUUCGAAUUCAAGCAAUUUCCCAAGUUCUACUGCAGGCAUAGACACGAAUAAUACUAAUGUUGGUACUAAUGAUACUAGCAAUGGAACAGGAUACUCGUAG